AAUGCAUUUUUUCGUUAGAAAAAAGAUAAUAAUGCUGUGUGUUUUAAAUGGAAAUUUUAUAAGGCGACGCGGUGCGGGGCGGUUGUUUUUUCGUACAUCCGAGAUACGCGCGGUGCCUCUCGUCCAAGACAUCGCACUUAGACCCGGACUCGCGAGACAUCGCAUGCCAUCGUCGUGACCAUACGUCCGAAACUGGAAUUAAUGUUGAAAUACUUCAAUGAGAAUAUAUCCCUAGCGCUCCAGGAGAGGUACAGGGACCUCCAUGAGUAUCGGAAGACGGAAGCGGUAGAGGAGGGUUCACCUAGGGAGGCGAAAGUACCGAAAAUAGCUGAGGAGGGAUCGCAGGUCGGCGGCGAGGGCGCGUUCGAGCCGAGCGCCGCGCCGCCGUUCCCGCGGCUGCUGGACGCGCCCAAGGAGGAGGACAGCUUCGUGGCCAACUGGCUGCAGAACUCGUUCAAGAUGACGGCAGCGGAAGGCGGCGGCGAGGCAGCAGCGGGCGGCAGCGCGCUGGACCUGCGGGCCGCGCCGCUGUCGCUGCACAUCCCCGCGCUGCACGGCGCCGACCCCGCGCGCCACUUCAAGAUGCAGGAGCUGUGGGCGCGCUCCCGCGCGGGCUCGCCGGCGCCCGAGCUGCGCCCGGAGCCCGACCAGGCCGCGCCGCCCACGCCGCAGCCUCCGCCGACGCCGGACCACAAGAUCAUCGCCGACAAACUCGUCAAUGAGAUACAGCAACAGCAGCAAUCGCCAUCGGCCGACUCCACGAUGAGCGAGAGAUCACUAGUACCGUUUGCGCUGCCGCAGCAGCAGUCGCCGACGCCGGACGCGCCGCUCGGCGACCGUAACGCCAUGUUGCCGUUCGCAUUGCAACAAGCACGGUCAGGACAGAGCAUCAGCGAGCGAACGCUAGAGGAGUGCUGGUCGACACUGCAGCGAAUAUUUAUGCACAAGAGCGCAAUGCAGAUGCACGCGCGGGAACUGCAGCGCGGCCUCGGCGGGGAAGUGAAGCCGCACCAAUGCCAGCAGUGUCUCAAGUCGUUCAGCUCGAACCACCAGCUGGUGCAGCACAUACGAGUCCAUACUGGAGAGAAGCCGUACAAGUGCUCGUACUGCGACCGGAGAUUCAAGCAACUCAGUCAUGUGCAACAGCAUACGCGGCUGCAUACAGGCGAACGGCCUUACAAAUGCCACCUACCAGACUGCGGACGGGCGUUCAUCCAGCUGUCAAACCCACAGCAGCACCUCAGGAACCACGACGCGCAGGUGGAACGCGCCAAGAACAGACCCUUCCACUGCAACAUCUGUGGCAAAGGGUUCGCAACCGAGAGCAGUCUCAGAACACACACCGCCAAGGAGCUUCAGCUGCACCUUGGUGUUUUGCAGCAACACGCCGCCCUCAUGAUAGGUGGCGCGACCGCCACACCUUGCCCCAUAUGCCACAAAGUUGUGUUCGGUGGCGAAGCUCUUGUAGAACACAUGAAGAACACCCACAAGGACCCCAACGCUUCCGGUGUUGCCAGCCCCCCUGCUACGUCACCGUACCCAACUCAAGCUAAACCAACUGAUCCUUAUAUAGCCAAGCGGAGGACGGCGAACCACCCGUGUCCAGUCUGCGGGAAGCAUUAUGUCAACGAAGGGUCGUUGAGGAAGCAUCUGGCGUGCCAUCCGGAGACUCAGCUGACCAGCGGUUUGAGGAUGUGGCCGUGCUCGGUUUGCCAGGCCGUGUUUACCCAUGAAAGUGGCCUCCUAUCUCACAUGGAGCACAUGAGAAUGGAACCCAAACACCAGUUCGCCGCGCAGUACGUUCUCUCACGAGCAGCGGCGGAGAGACGCGAACGGGACCUGCUCGCAGCAGUGUCGGCCUCUGCCGGGGGCUCCGGGCUGUUGAACCUCGCGCCCCCCCCCGCGCACUCUGACUCCUCCUCCAACGGGCGCCUGUCCUCCUCCGCCGGCUCGGAGGCGGGCGCCGCCGUCAACAAGCUCAGCGACCUGCUGCGGUCAGCCAACAAUGGACACCAAGCGUACGGGGACGAGAGAGUCGCCGCCAUUGCCGCAGCCGCCGCCAAUAUGAUGGCACAGCCUGGAGAAGGCGCGAACGCUGUACAAGUAGCUGCCGCCAACCUCGUCUCUGCGAUGAGACAGCAACUCGCCAGAGAACCUCCCCCCGCGCAGCCGCCUGCCGAGACCCCGCCCGCGCCAACCGAAGCGGCUCUCAGAAUCCAACAAGCCGAGGCACUCCUGAGAAGCCAGGCCGAAGCGCUACGACUGGCAGUCUCCCAAGCUGCCCAAGCACACGGAAAUGACGCGACAAGCCCGUUGAGACACAACGGUGGCUUCCCCCCGCAGGCACCGAACGAUGCCAGCGGACAACUCUCACCUGAACUAGUUGAGGCAUUUAGAAUCGCACAAGAACAGAGAUUAGAACAGGCAUUGAGAUUGCAUGAUCCAAGAAUGCUGGGCUUCAACCUUCCAUCGCCAGUACAACAGGCCGCGCAGCAGGCAGCGCAGCAAGCGGCGCAGCAAGCCGUCGCGGCACAGCAGGCGGCGGCGGCGCAACAAGCCGCACAGCAGGUGGCCCAGCAAGCCGCCCAGGCCGCACAAGCCGCGCAGGCCGCCCAGCAAGCCGCCCAGCAGGCGGCCCAGCAGGCCGUCCAGCAGCAGCACAUGCAGCACGCGGCGCAGGCCGCGCAAGCCGCGCAGGCGGCACAGGCCGCGCAACAAGCCGCCCAGCAAGCUGUCCACCUCCAGCAGAAUCCUCAGCCAUGAAAAUUCAGCUAUUACUAAUCCGACGCGAUUUCGACGCAAUAAUAAAAUUUAUCUAGUUCGUAAGGGUCAGAUGCAAAAAUAGUUUUUUCGUAUUUUUAGGAGGUAACAAAAAAUGAAAAGUGUUAUUUGAACGGAGCGUGGGUGAAAUCGCCUCUGAUUAGUAAUUUGUGUUAUUGUUUUCACAGAGUUAGUUUGGAAUCAAAAAUGUAAAUGUUUUGUUGUAUGUUGACCGCAAAAGUAUACAGAUAUGUUAAUAACAAUACGCAUUAGAUAGUACUAACUGUUGUAAAUACGAGAACGUUUAGAAAAAAACAAAAUUUUAAUGUAAAUAAUGGAAAAAGUACCUUUAACUUAGUCGAAUGUUUGAACAAAAAAUGGAACAAAAACUCGCCCGAGCAAUCAAUUAGACAUAGUGAAAGACGACAAAUAAUAUUGAGUGCAAUCCAGGUGUUUAUGAUUAUGUUUUCAGUAGAGGUGACGUAUAUAUGUUAUAUUUAUUGUAUUAGUUAUUAUCACGGAGCUGCGAGUUUAGCUAAACAGUUUUGGAUGUGCCAAAAUGUUUUAACACAUUUAUUUGUAACGCAUUUAGUGACGCUGCAAUAUUUAGUUGCGUAAACUUCCUUAGAUUACAAAUAUUGUAGGAAAUCUUGUUCAUUUAACGUUAUAUAUUUUCGCGCAAUAACAAAUCUUAUGCUAGUCACGUUUCGAACGCACAAAUUGUCUUUAUACAUUUGAGAAACGUUUCAUUUAUUAUUGUUUCAUUCAAAAUCGUUUCAUUUCUUUCGCAAUAUCUUUUAAUACAAAUGCCAUAUUAGAUAAUAAAUAUGUAAAUAUUAGAUAUAUUAAGUACCGUUGAUGCUUUUGUUUCAAUAACAAAUUUAUUUUAUGUUUAUUUUUAUUUUCAUUUAUUUUUUUAUUUUUAUUUUGACUACGAAUAUGAUUAUUUACAAUUAUGUACAUUGUGUAUAUAAAAUUAUUGAUUUUUUUACAAGACUGCCGUUACUUAUCUUUUUUUGUAAAUACGAUUAUAUAAUUGAGUUUUUAUUGAAAAGAAAAUAAUUUUUACUAAGAAAAAUAGCGACUUUUCACUGAACAUACGUACAGGUGAAGACAAUGCAAUAUUGGACAAGGUCGAAGGUUUAAAACCACCAACAGCUUCGACAAUCUACUUGAGGAUACAAAACAAAAGAUAACAAACACGAGACAUUCUUUUCAACACGGAUGUUCGUACAAUAGCCCAAACUUUUACAUUUAUUUUUAUUUCAUAUGAUAUAAACAUUUAAAUGAACAGCAAUAGCCCAGUUGAUCAUUUCAAAUGGUUUUAAAUGAAACGUAUCACGUUCAUUUAGCCAUAAUCACAGCAAAUAUGCUACAGUUGCCGCUGCAAUAGAUUUAUAGUUUUACUAAAGAUUGCAAAACAUUCCCUCCCCCCCUAACACUGGAUCCGUAGGGUCGAGGGGGGAUGCUUUUGUGAUCCGACAUAUAAGAGAAUGUCAAGUGUUGCCGAAUAAUAAUUCUUUUAAUAAUUAUCAUCAUGUAUUAUAAAUAAGUAGCAUUCGGUGCGAACGAUCAGCAACGGUUGUGGUCGGUCGCAGUCGCGUUGAUUGUUCACACUGUUUGUGUUAUACGUAUAACCAUAAAGUAGGUAAGGUAUAGUAAGCUGAUUUUAAUGUACGUAAUUAUUUCAUUCUUGAAUUAAUAUCGGCGUUGCGUACGCAGCGUCGAUGUAAACCGAUAUGAAAAAAAAAAACAGAAUGCAAUAGCCCAAAAAAUGUUUAUCAUUUUCUAUUGACGUUUAUUUGAAGAGAUUUUUUUCCACGAUUAUUGUUUUGUGUAUGUUAAUUGAUUUUGAAAUGCAAAACUUUUCGGCGUUUUAUUAUGAUUUGGAGUGAGAUCGGCCGGUACCAACGAGACGCGAGGCUUCCCGACUAUGAUUGUUAUUUCAAGGAAACGUUUAUACUUUUCGAAAAACAAAUUCCGACUGAAACAAAAAAAACAAAAAAUAUAUUACGGCAAUAAAAAUCACGUGAACGGAUCGCUAUUUAUGUAAAAAAAAACAUAUUGUCCUCAUAAAUUUAAUAUAUAAAUAAAUUUUUAAUAUAAACAACAAAAGAAGUUCCUAUGAAUAUUGUAUAAACUGUAUUGUUUUAAAUUUAGGUCUUAGUAGAGGGAGAAAAAAAAAUUAUGGACGUUUGGUAUUUUUAAAGUUAUUAUAACAGCGUUAGGGGACUGAACUCGGUGCGGCGAGUUGUACAAAACGUGAAGCACGGAUCCUGUAUCCUACUAUUAGAGUUUAGAGUUACUGAGAAAACGUUACGUUUCCAAGAAAGUGUUCAAGCGAUAACGCGCGGCCGCCGCGCCGCGCCGCCGUCCUAUAUUGUAUUAGAUAAAAAAUAUUCAUUGUAUUUUGGACGAGGAAAAUUUACGUACUGAUGAGUACACGUAGUUGUCGACGGCGACGCGACGCGCCUGCGCCUGCGCCGCGCACUCUGUGAUCAUCGAAAUGGUAUAACAGAUCGUGUCUGCGAGUUGUCCGUGGUUGUUUUACAUUUUACUUUAUGAUAACCGAAAUUUUUCAAAUGUUACACGAAAAUAUAAAAAUGGAUUCUCAAAAAAAUGAUUUUCUACAUUUUAAUUUAACGAAAACAAUUUUUAUAGUUAAGCUGUGUACAUUUAAUAUUAAUGCCUGCUACGGCAUGCGGGGUUUGCGGGGGUUGCGCGUGCGCAGCGCCCACGGGCCCUGCGUUUAGAGUCAAUAGUAUUGGAUUCAGUUGAACCAUGUGGAUACACACCUCACCAUGCGCUGUCGGUGGUGUCCCAGGAGAUGGAUGCGACGUAUACCAUGUUGUAAUAUUAUUGGCUAUUAAUGUUAAAUUUGUUUCGUGUUGUGUUACUAGGUGAAUACGUUGAGACUGAAGGACGCUCGGACGGUAGGGAAGAGCGUUCAAAAACUAUUUUAAAACAUUUCGCAGCAGAACACGCGAUUACAUUACAUUUAAUUUUACGAGUUUUAGUUGUCGGCCGUACGGGCUCUGUUCCUUAGGGUCGGCAUCUAUUGUUAAGUUUUUAAUAAUAAAUUGCUGUUGUUUUCAAUUUAAACAUCCUUAUUGACUGUUAUCGAUGAUUUUUUGAUUUUCGCCGCUUAUUCGUUUAUGUUUGUUAUAAAACGGCUUGUUUUGUGAGAUAUAUAGCUAAAUAUACACAUUUAUUCGUAAGUUAAGUGUAGACAGGAUAGCCAGGUUUUCAAUUUAUAAACACACAGUAGUUAUUGCAUGUAUCUUAUUGUAAGUUAGCGUAAUUAAUGUAAUGUAAUACAGUCGAGGGCUUCUUUGUAAAAAUUAGACCUUUUUCUCUAUAAAAAAAAUACUAACAAUUUUUCUCAGCAAUGCUACGCGGCUUUUAGUACUAAGCGUUUUGUAAUUUUUAUAAACAAGCCCGUUAGGUAACAAAAAUCAAGCACGAUUCAGAUGUGCUUAGUUUUUGUUAUGUCCGUAGUGAACAACGAAUAAAAAAUCACAUAAAUACAAAAA